AUUGAUCUCUCGGCCUGCCUCCUUCAACGCUCACUGCAAUUACUCUAGAGUCCAGGUGAAGCCGUUUCACACAAACUGACUUCACACCAGCAGCUCGAUCAAAAUUGAUGCUGCACUGUUUCCUGUGUUGUUGGCCUCAAAGCCUGCUGCCCUCAAGUGGACGGAAACAAUGCUGAGGACACACCCUCUUCCCCACUGACCCUUUCUGCUCGACUGUUCCUCGAACUCCGGCUCUCACCCACGCAACCUACAGGUCCUGAAGAUGAGCUACCCCGGUUACCCACCUCAAUCUGGUGGAUAUCCACCACAGGCAGGUGGCUACCCUCCCGGAGCAGGUGGCUACCCCCCAGCUGCAGGGGGCUACCCUCCACAGGCAGGUGGGUACCCACCCCAAGCUGGAGGUUACCCCUCAGCAGGAGGUUUCCCUCCUACUGCUGGAGGCUACCCUCCUCAAGCUGGUGGAUAUCCUUCUCCUGGAGGCUUCCCCCAGCAGCCAGGAGGCUACCAACCCCCGCCAGGACCCGGGGGUUAUCCGUCCAUGCCUCAACAAGGUGGAGGGUGGGGAGCUGCACCAGGUGGCUUUGGAGCGCCAGGAGGAACUCCUCAGGGAUACCCAGGAGGAGCUCCACAGGGAUACCCAGGAGGAGCUCCUCAGGGAUACCCAGGAGGAGCUCCUCAGGGAUACCCAGGAGGUCCUGGCCCAGACCAGCCAAUGCCGGGCUACUCCGGAGCUCCUGCUACCAACCCCUCAAUGCCUGCAUAUGGAAGUGGGAAUCCAUCCAACCCACAGGCACCUGCCAUUCCAAAAGGCUUCAGAGGUUCCAUUCAGGACUACCCAGGGGCUGAUCCUCUCAGAGAUGUGGAAGUACUGCGGAAGGCCAUGAAGGGUUUCGGCACAGAUGAAAACGCCAUUAUUGAACUCCUGGGAAGUCGCAGCAACAGACAGAGGGUUCCAAUGGUGGCAGCCUACAAAACCACUUAUGGGAAGGAUUUAAUUCGUGAUCUGAAGUCUGAGCUCACUGGAAACUUUGAGAAAGUGGUUCUUGCCAUGCUGAAGAGCCCUGCUCACUUUGACGCGUCAGAGUGCAGAGAGGCCAUAAAGGGUGCAGGAACUGAUGAAGCCUGUCUGAUCGAGAUUCUGUCUUCUCGCUCCAAUGCUGAGAUUCACGAAAUUACUAAGAUCUACAAAGCUGAGUACGGAAAAAGCCUGGAGGAUGCCAUCAGCAGUGACACCUCUGGUCAUUUCCGUCGGUUGUUGGUUUCCCUCUGUCAGGGUAACCGUGAUGAGAGGGAGCAUGUUGACAUUUCUAUGGCCAAACAGGAUGCCCAGAAGCUGUAUGCUGCUGGUGAAAAUAAAGUUGGAACAGAUGAAUCGCAAUUCAAUGCCAUCCUAUGCGCCCGCAGCAAGUCUCACCUCCGGGCUGUCUUCCACGAGUACCAGCAGAUGUGUGGACGAGACAUUGAGAAGAGUAUCUGCAGGGAAAUGUCUGGAAACGUUGAGUCGGGCAUGGUGGCUGUUGUGAAAUGCAUCAAGAACACUCCUGCUUACUUUGCUGAAAGACUGCACAAGGCCAUGCAGGGGGCUGGGACCAAGGAUCAAACCCUCAUCCGCAUCAUGGUGUCCCGCUCUGAGGUGGACAUGUUGGACAUCAGACAGGAGUACGUUAAGGCCUACGGGAAAUCCCUGUAUACUCACAUCUCAGGUGAUACCUCAGGGGACUACAAGAAGCUGCUCUUGAAGCUCUGUGGCGGCAGUGACUAGAGAGCCAUGAAGAAUCCUUGACAGGACAACUAUAAAUCUGUCCAACUGAGACAUGAUGUUUGGCAACCACAUACCAGUUUGACUAAUAUCCAUUCUAAAUAACAUUUAUAUCAAUGAAGCAUUUUACUCAGAUGUGCAUUUUCUCCUCUUUAUUGCAGUAGCUUGUGGACAGGUAGUGCUUUUGUGUGAUCACAUUGAAUGUUUAACAACUAAUAAUUGAGUGUAGUGCUUUGAUCGAUCACACUGAAUGAAUCAAAAUCAGCCCUGUCUACCAAUAAUUAAGUUUAUUUAUGGGCUGCUUUUUCUGCUUGCUAAAUGCUUGUUGCAGAGGUUGAGGCUGAAACAUCUCAUAAUUGGUGAUUAUUAUUUUUUGUGGUCUGCCAUUUUCAGGUGGUGGAGUAAGAGUCAUAAAGCUGAUGGUGCAGUUAAAUUUCAGUUGUCUAGUAUUGAUAGCCAAAGAAGGCAUUGCUCCAGAGAGGUGGCACUUUUGAUGGUCCAUUGCAUUACAUGACUGUACAGUGCACAACAAUAGUGCUGUAUUUUACAGAUGUUUGUCAUCAUAUAAAUGUCUGCAGUUGAAAUAUAGCCAUACACAACAGUGACUUACAUUUAAGAUAAUCUAUUUGAUCAGAAUUCCACACGAAGAACAGGAAAUUCAGAUCAAAUGUUGUCAACGUGACGCCACAUCAUCCUCAUCGUCAGGUUGAGUAUUUCUUUUAUGAGGUAGUCAAACUGGAAAGACAGAAUGAGUUACAUUUCAUACAAUUGUUGAUAUUUUGUUUGUGAAAGUCACAUGCUGUAACCACUGCUUGUUGACUUUUGAUUAACAAAUGAUUAUAAGUCACUGUUCAACAGCGCUGCCUUCAACAAACAGCCAAAGUUUAAAUACAGCUGCAUGAGAGAGCUACCGUGUAAACCUGACCUCCUGGGUGAGUCAACACUUGGCUCUCGGGGAGUUGGGGAUUGCCAUACAACCUCCUGCCAGUAGAGUGUGUGCUUUUACCAAUAUUUGUUUUGCUUUCGCUUCUAUGCCGCGCCACAUACUUUUGCCACAUUUUGUGUAAUUAAAUGCACUCCAUUUCUCACAGUUAUGUCAUUUCAAGUGCCUUGUGGUAUUUCUGAAACUACGACUAACGACAAUAAACCAAACACGAAUGGAUACUUGAGUCGUGUUAU